CCACUAGUUCACUACUAGUACCAACGCCAGUGCGGCCACACUUGGUCAUACUCAUUGUCGGCAACGAACAAGAGAGCAAAGAGAUAAGCAGAUAGAGAAAGAGCUUUGCUUGCUUUGGCACGUACUAGCUAGGUCGAGAUGAGCACCGCGGCGCGGACGACGACGGGGCGGCGGGGGUUCACGGUGGGGCGCAGCGAGGACGCGACGCAUCCGGACACCAUCCGCGCCGCCAUCUCUGAGUUCUUCGCCACCGCCAUCUUCGUCUUUGCGGCCGAGGGCUCCAUCCUCUCCCUCGGGAAGCUGUACCAUGGCAUGAGCACGGCGGGCGGGCUGGUGGCGGUGGCGCUCGCGCACGCGCUGGCGCUGGCCGUGGCGGUGUCGGUCGCCGUCAACAUCUCCGGGGGGCACGUCAACCCCGCUAUCACCUUCGGCGCGCUACUUGGCGGCCGCAUCACCCUCAUCCGCGCCCUCUUCUACUGGAUCGCGCAGCUCCUCGGCGCCAUCGUCGCGUCCCUCCUGCUCCGCCUCACCACCGGAGGCAUGCGGCCGCCCGGUUUCUCGCUGGCGUCGGGGGUGGGCGACUGGCACGCGGUGCUGCUGGAGGCGGUGAUGACGUUCGGCCUCAUGUACGCCUACUACGCGACGGUGAUCGACCCCAAGAGGGGCCACGUGGGCACCAUCGGGCCGCUCGCCGUGGGGUUCCUGCUCGGGGCUAACAUGCUCGCCGGCGGGCCCUUCGACGGCGCCGCCAUGAACCCGGCGCGGGUGUUCGGGCCGGCGCUCGUCGGCUGGCGCUGGAGCCACCACUGGGUCUACUGGCUCGGCCCCUUCCUCGGCUCGGGCUUGGCCGGCCUCCUCUACGAGUACCUCGUCAUCCCGUCCACCGAGGCCGCCGCCCACGGCCACGCCCACCAGCCGCUCGCGCCCGAGGACUACUAGCAGCCACGCAGCUGAAGCUAGCUGCUGCUCCUUCGGAUCCAGCCCCUGCGGCGAAUUAUCGCUAUAAACGUUAUGUAUGUUGGUUUCUGUGCUCGCCACAGUAAUGUAUUAAGAGUGUGAGGUACAGGUAAUGGUUAAUAAGGGGGUAACUAAUGGUGCUGCUGUGCCUGUUUGCCCCGUUUGUGUACAUUUCGUGGUCAUCUGAGCAUGAUCUCAGAGUGAGUGAACUAGCGGUCGUGUAAUAAUUUCCAUUUCAUCACUUCAAAAUCAUCUGUUUCUGGGUUCC